AUGCCUCCAAGGCUGAUACAGAUGGCCCCUCCGCCCUACGGACUCACUGAGGAGCAGUACAAGGACUACAAGCAGGUCUUUUCCAUCUUUGAUCGUGAUGGCACCGGCGCCAUCAACGCGGAGGAGUUCCAGAUCGCCAUGAAGUCUCUUGGGCUGAACCCCAGCAUCCAGGAGGUCAACGAGCUCAUCGCCGAGGUCGACCCCAAUAACGACGGCGGAAUUGAUUUCGAAGAAUUCCUCCAACUCAUGAGCGAGGCACCCGCACCCUCAAGCAAAGAUUCCGACACCAACACCGAGCUUGUCGCCGCCUUCAAGGUCUUUGACAAGGACAACAGCGGCUCCGUCUCGCCCUCGGAAUUGCGCCAGGUGCUGCUGUCCCUCGGUCAGCGCGCCACCGACGAGGAGAUUGAGGAGAUGAUCAGAGGUGCCGAUCUCGACGGCAACGGUUCUAUUGAUUAUCAAGAAUUCGUCCAGCUCAUGGCCCCGAAAGACGGCAAGAAGUAA